AUGGACAUCAAGGAGUAUUUCAACAGAAUUUCUUACCGGGGCUCCUACGAUAAACUGGACCUGGCUACCUUGACGGAUAUAUUCCAGCACCACAUCCGAGCGGUCCCUUUUGAAAACCUCAGCAUCCACUGUGGGGAAAGCAUUGAGCUGGACUUGGAAGCGACUUACAACAAGAUAGUGAGGAAGAGACGUGGGGGCUGGUGCAUGGAAAACAACCACCUUUUAUCUUGGGUCCUGAAAACCCUCGGCUACAACGUCACCUUUCUGGGAUCAAAAGUUUAUGUCCCGGAGUUCGACGCGUAUGCAGAAGAAAUUGAUCACCUGCUGCUAAAAGUGGAGCUUGAUGACAAAUCCUACAUAGUGGACGGUGGGUUUGGGAUGGCCUACCAGAUGUGGCAGCCGAUGGAGCUGAUUUCGGGGAAAGACCAGCCUCAGUCUCCUGGGGUCUUUCGCUUCCUGGAGGAGAAUGGAGUCUGGUACCUCCACAAGGUGAAAAGGAAGCAGUGUGUUCCCAACAAAAGCAUCUCCACUGACCGUUACCUGGAGAAAGAAGGUUGCCGUCAAGUUUAUCUCUUCACCCUUCAGACACGAGACAUUGAAGACUUCAGAACCUGCAACACCCACCUGCAGACAGCGCCGAACUCGCUGUUUGUGAAAAAGUCUAUCUGUAGCCUGCAGACUGCCGACGGCAUCCGGGCUCUGGUGGGAUGGAAUCUCACUGAGAUGCAGUACAAUUUUAAGGAUAAUAUGGAUCUGGUGGAAAUCAGAAUCCUUGCAGAUGAAGAAAUAGAGAAAACACUAAAAGAGAAAUUCAAUAUAACACUAGACAAGAAAUUGGUACCCACCAAUAAGAGCAGGUUGUCUCUGUUUUAA